UCCGGCUCUGAUGCAAUGGCGGAUAUUGGCCGUGAUAAGCUAAUCUCUCAAACUCUUUCUCUUAUCUUCUUCUGUUCUGCUCGAAUGCUGCUUAUGGCAUGCAUGGCAUUGCGGUGGUCGGAUAUUCAUGUGUGGGACAAGGCGAACGCCAGCAGACUGCUCUUCGUUAACAGAAUUCCCCCAGAAGAGUUGGCGGACCCUGUCGCUCUCCCCAAAUACAUGUCCAACAACAUUAAAACGUCUAAGUACACAUUCAUAAACUUCAUUCCCAAGAAUCUUUUCGAGCAAUUUCGACGUAUCGCCAAUUUUUACUUCCUGUGCGUGGCCAUUAUCCAGGUCAGUAUCGAGAGUCCUGUGAGCCCGAUGACCUCCAUUCUGCCCCUCGUAUUCGUCAUCACGGUCACGGGGGUCAAGCAGGCCUACGAGGAUUGGCUGAGACACCGGGAGGACAACAAGGUCAACAACGCCCCCGCGAGGGUCCUGAGGGAGGGGUCAAUCAAGACUAUACUAACGAGCCAGAUCCAGGUGGGAGACAUCGUGGAGGUACAGAAGGACGAGCAGUUUCCUUGCGACCUCCUGCUCCUCGCCUCGUCCAACUCAGAGGGCACUUGUGACGUCACCACCGCCAACCUUGAUGGCGAAACCAACCUCAAGACUUUCACGAGCCCUCCCGACACCCGGCACCUGGACACUCCCGAGGAUCUGGCCACCAUGAGAGCGCUGAUCGAGUGCCAGCUCCCACACGCCAACCUGUACGACUUCAAGGGCCGCAUGGAUAUGUACAAAGGAAACGCCUCACCCACGAAGUUGUCCCUGGCUACAGAGAACCUGCUGUUGAGGGGAGCGCGACUCAAGAACACCCCGGUUGUGUACGGAGUGUCUGUGUACACAGGCGAGGACACCAAGAUGGCGCUCAACACGAAGAUGACAAGCAACAAAUUUUCCACCGUGGAGAAAUCCAUGAAUUACUUCCUGGUGUUUUUCCUUAUAUUGCUGAUCCUCGAAAUCGUCAUUUGCACCGUCCUCAAGUACCAGAUCUACGGCACUGAAUUUACAAAGGAAGCUUGGUACUUCCACCCCCACGAAGACAACUCCACUCUCACUGUCACGGCGAGAGAUGUGGUUCAGGACAGCUUUUCCUUCCUCGUUCUCUUCAACUACAUUAUACCCAUUUCCCUCUACGUCACUCUCGAGUUGCAAAAGUUCUUCGGGGCCAUGUUCCUCGAGUGGGACGACGACCUGCGAUGCACGACCACCCGGGAGAGGGCCAAGUGCAACACGUCAGAUCUGAACGAGGAAUUGGGACAGGUACAAUAUCUGUUCACGGACAAGACGGGAACACUGACGGAGAACAUCAUGCACUUCCGGCACUGUUCGGUCAACGGUGCCAAGUACAUCGAUGUUGGCGGCGACAUCCACGCUCUGAACGAUCGGAACAACAAGACAUCACCUCUACCGUCGUUACCUGACACUCUAGAAACCUUCCUGGAGACCUUGGCACUGUGCCACACGGUGCAGGUGACGACUCGGGAGAAGGACACGGGAGAGGUCGUCGCUUCUUCGGACGAAAUGCGACUCGCGGAGAUGCAGCUCGAGUACCAGGCGGCGAGUCCGGACGAGAAGGCGCUGGUGGAGGCGUGUGCGAGGUACGGCGUGGUGUUCGAGGGUCAGAGCCACGACCGGCUCCUCCUCAGCGUCAGGGGGUCGAGGAGGACCUUCACCAGGCUCCAGAUCCUCGAGUUCGACUCAGACCGGAAAUGCAUGUCGGUGGCAGUGCGGGACGAAUCUUCGAGAAAAAUCUGGCUGCUGACGAAAGGCGCCGAGAGCAGUGUGCUGGAGAGGUGUUCCGUCAGCGACCAGGCCUCCAGGACGCUUCGAGACACUACGCUCAAACACAUUAAUGACUACGCUAUGCUGGGGCUGAGGACGCUGGCGGUGGCGCGACGAGAGCUGACCGAGAAGCAGUACGAGGACUUCGCUGCACAGCUGUCCCAGGCCAGGCAGACCCUCGACAACAGAGAGGAGGCGGUGAGGAAAGUGACCGACAGGAUGGAAGCGGAUCUGAACCUCCUGGGAGCCACCGGGGUCGAGGACCUCCUGCAGGACGGCGUUCAGGAGACACUCGAGUCCCUAAGGGUCGCGGGGAUCAAGGUGUGGGUCCUCACAGGUGACAAGGUGGAGACAGCGGUCAACAUCGCGUAUUCCUGCGGCCACUUCAAGGUUUUCAUGACCAUCUUGACUCUGACUGGACUGCAGGAGGAAGAUGCAGAGGCUAAGCUGCAGGAGUGCGACGCCGAGAGCCAGAAGUCCGACGGCCACUACGGGCUCGUGGUUGACGGCUCCUCACUCCAGGUCCUCCUCGACCACCACCGCGACCGCUUCUACGACGUCUGCAGGAGGUGCACGGCCGUCGUCUGCUGCAGGAUGUCGCCCAGGCAGAAGGCUGAGACGGUCCGGUUAGUGAAGACAUCGGGAGAGAGUCCCAUCUGCGCCGCCAUCGGAGACGGAGCCAACGACGUGUCCAUGAUCCAGGAGGCGCAUGUAGGCCUAGGUGUAAUGGGAAAGGAAGGGAGACAGGCGGUGAGAUGCGCUGACUUUGCCUUCGCGAGGUUCAAGUUCCUGAAGAAGGUGCUGCUGGUGCACGGCCACUGGUACUACACUCGCGUUUCCACUCUCGUGCAGUACUCCUUCUACAAGAACGUGGCCUUUAUCACUCCACAGCUCUAUUUUGCCGUUAUGUCUGCCUUUUCGACACAGCCAGUGUACGACGCGCUCGCCCUGACCAUGUUCAACAUCACGUUCACUUCCCUUCCCGUGUUUUUGUGUUCGGCCUUCGCUCUUCGAAAAACCUCCCGGCGGAAUCUCAUGAAGUGCCCUCACCUCUACCAGCGGAUCGCCAACAACUCAGCCAUGUCGUGGCUUAUGUUCUUCAAGUGGACUCUGUUUGCCCUGUGGCAUACACUCGUCAUGUAUUUCGGUCUGUAUUUCGUGUAUGCAGACGACACCCCAGGGCUUCCCGAUGGCCAGACACCCGACCUCUUUCUCUUCGGCACAACACUCAUUAGCAUCUGUGUUGUGGUCACCAAUCUCAAGCUGGUUCUCGAGGCUCACUACUUUACCCACUUCUUUGUGCUCUCUGUGGUGCUCUCGCUGCUGUUCUAUGCGGUGCAGUGUCUCAUCUACCACGGCGUUUGGAUUUCGGGCUACGGGUCGUUGGAACCUGACGUCUUCUGGUCGUACUACCGAAUGUUCGAGAGUCCGGCGCUGAUGCUCGCCUCCGUCCUCCUCGGGGUCGUCUGCCUCGUCCCUGACCUCGUGGACAAGGUCGUACUCGGGGCCAAGGACGAGAGGGUCAAGUUCAGAAGAGAGAAGAUCAAACAGAUCAAGUCACGUGACGUCAUCCCCCAGCACUAUGUUGCCUAUGUCAAUGAAGCAUUUACAUACGCUGAAGAAGACGAGGCCGUCCGCUCAAACCAGGAAAUAUUUGUCACCUUAAUUGGAAUUAUUAAUCUGCCUCAUCAUAUCAAUUCAGUUAAAGAAGUUGUGACCUUAGGGAUAACACAAAAUUCCGUGAAAUACAACACCGGUGCUCGACCUGCAGAGGUUCAUCAUCUUCCCUUCACCACAAGGUAA